AUGGCCGCGCCCAAGCUCCUGCUGCAGCCGCCGCAAGAGACGCAGUGCCGUCCCCGCGUAGCCUCUCCGUCGCGCCGCCCGUCGCCGGAGACCUGCGGCAACCUCCAGCCGCGCCCGUCCUGGAGCUCGUCCGCCUCCUCAAGCCACCGCGUCCUCGCCUCCGGCGACCGUCACCGCUCCGUGCACACCGUUGCCCCGAGCUGCUUCGCCUCCCUCCUCCUCGAGCCGGCCUCCCCGCCUCUGGCAACGGCCGCCGCCCGUCGCGCCUCUCCGCCACCGCGUCGCCCCCUCGACCCGCCUCGUCCUCGCGUCUCCCUUCCUCGUCCCGCACCCAAGCUUCUGGAGCCCGAGCCGUCCCCGAGCGCCUCCUCCUUGCGGCUUCGUCUGUCGCCGAGCAGGAGCUCCGCCGCCUCGACUCCUAGUCCGGCCGCCAUCGGCCGCUCCCUCCCCGACAUCCGGUCUCGUCCCCGCGACCCGCCGUUCGCCUCUGCUCCAUCGCCGAACGGUUGCUUCUCCGCGCGCCUCUGUUCGUCGUCGUUGUCACCACAAGCCCGGUGA